UGAGAAGAUGAUCAUUAUCAUCUUAAUCAUCUUUUCCGGAUUUCGAUUAAAUUAAACAACAAUCAACUAAUAACCUGGAAAACGCAACAACAUAAACUGCGAAUCGUGAAAAUAUUAUCAUGUUCAAUUAUGAUUCUAAUUAAUUUCUGAUUGCUAUUUGUCUCUUUCUCUUAUAAAAAUUAAAAGGUCAAUCAUUAAUUGUGAUUAGUUAUCAUCAACAAUUUAGGUAUAAAUAUAUUACAAUUAAAUGAAAUGAUUCUCAAUGAACUGGAUUAAGAUUCAGAUAAAAAAAGCAACACUGACCUUGUAUCAUUUUCCUUCCGAUUAAACUAAUUUUUUUUCUUAAUUGUUGUUGUUGAUUGUUUUGUUUUGGUAUUCAGUUAAUUCAGUUAAUUCAGUUUUCAACAAUUUGACCUGUUUUGCUAAUUGUUGGAUAACAAUUUAUUGAUUGAUUAGGUCAAGAAAUUGAUUCUCAUCGUUUAUUAUACAAGCUAAUGUAUAAAUCAUCAUAAUUAAUUAUAUGUUUCAAUUGAAAUGUUUAGUUAAUUUUAUUUCUUGUUGAUUGUUGGUUCAUUCAUUUUAAUGAUCAUCCUUGAUUGUUGGCUUAUGUAGCUUAAUUGUUAACUCUCAAAAUAAUCUAUAUUUAUACCUUAAGAUACUUUAAUAUAAUUACAAUUUAAAUAUAAUCAUUAAUCGAGAUGAUUGACCGUUAAUUGUUUGGACAAUCAACUAAUAUAUGAUUAAUUGUGACCCUUUUUUGUUGUGUCUCAUAAUCAAAUCUAAAUUGUUGUUAGAAAAGGGAAAAGGAAAUGGAUUAAUUGUUGUCAAUUGUUAAUCAAUGUUGGCUAAUUGUCUCCUCCUUUAUAAAUCACACUCUAUGUUAAUUAAUACUCAAAUUUAAUUGAUUGGUUCAUAUCCGCAAUUAGGGAAACAAAAAGGAAGCCCUUUGUUAAUUAGAUAAUUGUUUUCUUCGUGUCAGUUUAACUUCAAUACAGUUAACUAACAAUUAACUUUCUUCGGGAAUAUUAAAAUUUUGUUUAAUUGUUUUCUGAUACCAAAAGUGAUUAACUAAUUUGAUUUCUUCUUCUUUAUUAACAAUUAACAUGGUUAAUUGUUCAGAGAAACAAAUUUCAAGAAGAUACAAUUCAUUUAUGAUUAGUGAUAUUCUUGAAAUUUUUGAUCAAUCAAAUGAUUCCGACUCAGAAUUUGAAGAUGAUUUAAUUAAAGAUUCAUCUGAUUUCCAAUCAAUCAAUUACUCAUCAUCAGAACAAUCAACUAAUAGUAAUUAUCAAUUUGGAUUGAUAAACAAUAAUAUCGAUCAAGAAGUUAAUUGUGAUAGAAAUCAAUUGAUUAAAACUUUCAAUUCAAAUUGUUCAACCAAAGGAUCAACAACUAAAUAUUGUUCUGAAUUAACUUUUAAUUCUCGUCAUUCUCAAAUUUACUUUGAAAUACAAUUAAGACGUAAAUUAAUGUUACAAUCAAAGCCUCGGAAAGGUGGACAGAUUAGAUUCACUCAUCAACAAACUGUUUCCCUGGAGGAGAAAUUUAAUUGUUACAAUUAUCUUAAUUCAUCUGAUCGUCGUUUAUUGGCUCAACAAUUAAAUUUAACAGAGAGACAAGUGAAAACCUGGUUCCAGAAUAGGCGAGCAAAGGACCGACGAUUAAAGUCAAUUAAUCAGUCUAAUUGUGACAAUCAACUUGACAAAAGUAACAAUUUAACUGUCAACCUAAAAAUGAACAGUAAUCAUUAUUUUCACCCUUGGAGUGAUGAUGAUCAAUCUGAUUGAACAAUUAAAUGAACAACAAUUUACAAAUCAAAUUUGUCUUUGAUUAUUUUCAAAUCAUUUGCAACAAAUUAAAUUUUUCAUUAGCAAUUUAAUUUAAAUCGUUGGUAAUUUUUAUCAAUGUAAAAACAUAAGGAAAUGAGAUCCUAAUUGAUUAACUGUUAAUUGAUUGUUUAACAAUCCUAGAUGGUAACAAAAAUUAGGUUAAUCUAAUAUCACAACAAUUAAAUUUAAACAGGAAACUCUUAUCAAUUUAAAUUAACAAACAAUAGGAAAUAGUUUUAUAAAUCAACUUUAGUAAUUAAAACGGGAAAUGAAAUAUUUAAAUUGUUAUUGAUUAUCUUGAGAUGAUCAUUGAGUAUUACAAACAAUUUGAAUCACUAAUUGUCACUAAUCAUUGGAAAAAUCAAAAGAAAAUAAAUUGUUUAUUAAAUUCAAUUUAUCUCAACCCGGAUUGUUAAAUAAUCAAAAUGAUUAACCAACUUAAAUGAGUUCAGAAAAAGUAAAAAAAAAGGUAACCGAUAUUUAAUUGUGAUUAAGGGAAUCACAAUUAAUUGUUAAUCAGGCUAACCUGAUAUCAUUGAUGACAUUAAAAAGUUUUUUAUUAAUCUGAUUACCACGAGAAAUUAAAUCAUGUUCAAUUAAAUCAAGUUUGAAAUGUGAUUGUUAAUCAUCAUCAAGUUAACUGUUUACCAGUUUCAUUUAGUUUUGAUUUGAUUUGAUUUGUU